AUGUCCAGCUCUCUCGACCAGCUCAAGGCCUCCGGCACCGUACGUUCUCACAUCUCAUUCCAUGCCCCUAUGGAGGGGUCAAAUGCCGAUGUAUUGCUAACACCUUUUCAAGNNGUUGUCGUCUGCGACUCUGGUGACUUUGCUACCAUUGACAAGUACAAGCCUCAGGAUGCUACCACCAACCCUUCCCUGAUCCUGGCAGCCUCUAAGAAGGCUGAAUAUGCCAAGCUUAUUGACAACGCUGUCGCCUACGGAAAGGAGCACGCCGAUGGCAAGAGCAUCGACGACCAGGUUGAUGCUGUCCUUGACGCUCUCCUUGUCCAAUUCGGCAAGGAGAUCCUCCAGAUCGUUCCUGGCAAGGUCUCCACCGAGGUUGACGCUAGAUUCUCCUUCGACACCGAUGCCAGUGUCAAGAAGGCUCUCCGUAUCAUCGAGCUCUACAAGGAGGCCGGUAUCUCCAAGGACCGCAUCCUCAUCAAGAUUGCCUCGACCUACGAGGGUAUCAAGGCUGCUCACAUCCUGCAGUCCAAGUACGACAUCAACACCAACUUGACUCUUAUGUUCUCGCCUGUCCAGGCCAUCGCUGCCGCUGAGGCCGGUGCUUUCCUCAUCUCUCCCUUCGUUGGCCGUAUCCUUGACUGGUACAAGGCCAACCACAAGAAGGAGUACAAGAAGGAGGAGGACCCUGGUGUCAAGUCCGUUGUUGAGAUCUACAACUACUACAAGAAGUUCGGCUACAAGACCAUCGUCAUGGGUGCUUCCUUCAGAAACAUUGGUGAGAUCACCGAGCUCGCUGGCUGCGACUACCUCACUAUCUCCGUAAGUUAUCAGAAUCGUCAAAAUGUUACGACUUCACAUUCUAACAAAGCCCGCAGCNCCAACCUCCUCGAGGAGCUUUACAACAGCAAGGACGAGGUUCCCCAGAAGCUCAUCGCUUCCGAAGCUUCCAAGCUCGACCUCGAGAAGAAGUCGUACCUCCACGACGAGCCCGCUUUCCGCUUCGACUUCAACGAGGACCCCAUGGCCGUCCACAAGCUCAGCGAGGGUAUCAGCAAGUUCGCUGCUGACGCUGUCACCCUCAAAGACAUCCUCAAGGAGAAGCUCCAGAAGGCUUAA